AUGACGGAAGUUCAGGUUCAAACGUGGAAAGGCUACAUUUGGGACACAUGGGAGCUUCCUCCAGAUCAACGCCGCUUGCUCUUCAAAGUUGACGCGUUUAUCCUCACCUUUGCCUCGAUAGGCUACUUCUUGAAGAACAUCGACCAAACCAAUGUCAAUAAUGCUUUCUUGAGCGGUAUGGAGGAGGACCUUGAGAUGUAUGGAAAUCAGCUCGUCACCAGCACUUCUAUCUGGACCAUUGGCUAUGUGAUCGGUCAAAUUCCAUCCAACUUGUUGCUUACUCGAAUCUCACCACGAUGGGUCAUCCCCUCCCUUGAAGUUGGAUGGGGGAUCGCAACCAUUUGCACUUCAGCUGUUCAAUCUUAUCGUGGUCUCUACGCGUUGCGCUUUUUCGUAGGAUUCUUCGAAUCAGGGUUCUACCCAGGGAUUCAUUACAUGUUGGGAUCAUGGUACACUCCCCGAGAGAUUGGAAAACGGGCCAUGUUGUUUUGGAUAGCUGGGUCGAUUGGGUCAAUGUUUAGCGGUCUUCUUCAGGCUGCUGCAUACACAAACCUCGAUGGAGUGCAUGGUCGUGCAGGCUGGCGUUGGCUUUUUAUCAUUGAUGGAAUCAUCACACUGCCCCUUGCAGUCGCCGGGUACUUCUUCUUCCCAAAUCUUCCGCAGGAUGGGAAGAGAACCUGGUGGACAACUGAGGAAGAGCAUAUCCUAUCGGUGAAACGCAUGCAGGCAAUUGGAAGAGCUGGCAAGCAACCUUGGACGAGGGCCAAGGUGAAAAAGACUCUACGGAGCUGGCACACUUAUCAUCUUCCGCUGCUGUAUAUUCUUUGGAAUAACGGAAAUCCUCAGGCUGCUAUGGGCUAUUGGCUGAAGAGCUUCAAUGCCCAACCGCCACCAAUGCCAGGCAAAUCUUUCUCCGUCCCCGAGAUCAAUAGCCUGCCCAUUCCAACUACCGCGAUAUUUAUACUUAUGGCACUUGCCUGGGCCUGGACUUCCGAUGGGCCUCUUCAGGGGAAAAGAUGGCCUUUUAUUUACGCCGGGGCAGCACUUACUCUCGUCUUUAACCUUUUGUUUCUGUCUAUGCCACUUUACUCCGACAUCGAUUCUCGAAUGGUCGUUUAUUGGCUCAGUCACAUCGGUCACGGCGCGGGACCGCUCAUCCUUAGCUGGAUCAAUGAAAUCUGUUCGGCUGAUACAGAGAAACGCGCGCUCUUGGUCGCUGUUGCAAACGAUUUGGCUUAUGCCGUUCAGGCUAUAAUGCCCAACUUUAUGUGGAAAACUACAGAUUUUCCUGCUGCUAGAAAGGGGUACACAUACUCGAGCAUCUUGCAAGUCCUGCUUUUACUGGAGACGGCUAUUAUUCAACUACUUCUAUGGAGAGACAGGCGACAAGAGCUGAGAUCUCGCAUUACUGACUCGCCCCCUCCCCUGAUUUACUCGGACGAAGAGGAGCAGACUGGGGGUAGCAAAGCCCCCGAAGAUGAAGAGAUGGAUGCUGAGACGCCACUUUGA